CUGUGGGUAAAGCACUGAACCAUUCAUUUCAAAUCACAUUUCACAGUAACUUAACGGUGAAGAUGUCUUCACCACUCAAUGUCCGCAAUACUUAUGAUCCCAAUCACAUCAUAGAUAACACUCAAGACAUUAGAUCGUUGGACGAUGUGUUGCGAGAGAUCAACACAAGUGACAGUUUCGGUGAUAACAGUGACAGCAAAGCGAUGACCAAAACCAAAGACAAGAAGACAAAACUCAAACAAACCGGCCCUUCAAUGAAGACAUCGAUGACAAGCGGCGGUGACAGUGGUGUUGAUAAUGGGGGCCAAAGAUACAGUCGAGUCUUUCAGGUGAUAUACGGCGUCCAUAAGCCCUAUCGGAAGCACAAACAGUUCACAUGCGAUGGCUUUCUGGCGGUGUCUGUC